AUGGAGAAUACAAAAACACCAUUAUCGAAAGAGGGGUUAAACUUACUAUUCGAUGCAGAAAAGAAUGCGAAAGUAGAUGUUGUAUUCGUUCACGGCUUGAUGGGUCAUCCCAAGACAACGUGGGAAAUCAUCGACACCAACAACAACCCGAUCGACCCAAAUGAGACUAUAUAUUGGCCGAAAGAUCUUCUGCCAAAAACUCUACCAGAAAGUCGAAUAUUCUCAUUUGGAUAUCCAACGCACUUUGCAACUUUCUAUCCAAUUGUUACUGCUGAUAUGAUCGCUCAUACAACAGUUGAUCAUAACUCUACAACUUUAGUAACCAAAUUGGGAAAUUUUAGACGAGAAACAGAUACAGCAAACCGUCCAAUUUUCUUCAUUGUACAUUCACUUGGGGGUCUCGUCACUGCCAAUAGUCUUUCAGUUCGCUAUGGUUCAGACUUUCAAAGCCAGAGUGUAGUAGACAACACCCGUGGCGUCAUAUUUCUCGGUACACCUUUCAAAGGAUCAUCCAAGGCAGUAUGGGCCAAGAUGGCCGAAAGGUUUCUUGGACUAUUCAGCGACAGCAAUGAUCAGAUUAUCAAGGAUCUCGACAAAGAUUCCACCAAGCUUCAAGCCAUCAGCCACGACUUUCACGUUCUACUUCAAGAAAGAUAUGCAUCGAAGGAGCUCAAGCCGAUUCAGGUAGCAUGUUUCUUCGAAACGAAGCACACAGAGAAGAAAUUGGGGAAGCUAAAAGUAAAGAAGGACCUCGGCCAGAUUGUCACAGCUGACUCAGCGACGUUGGCUGGAUACAAACCCAUCGCUAUCAAUGCUGAUCAUCUUGCUAUGUGCAAAUUCCAAGAUGCUCAGACGGAUGGGUAUGUCAGUGUCACUGAUACUUUGAAGCUUAUGAUCUCGAGAUUAGAUGAAGAUUAUGACAAACUCAAGAAUGACGGCCGAACAUCCAUCCAGCUUGGAGACAUCGAAAACCAUGUUUCAACCAAUUAUGGAUAUCUUGGUGGGCAUAUGGUGGGUAUGACGAAGGACGCGAACCGUGUCGUCGUCUCGCACAAUUUCGGAGUAGGUUAUGGCCCUCUUCCACACAAUCCAAACCUAGGAGCCUAG